AGUGUUCUGGGAAUUAUACUCGGAGGUGGAGCUGGGACUCGCCUUUACCCUCUUACAAAGAAGAGAGCAAAACCAGCUGUUCCUUUAGGAGCAAAUUAUCGCCUGAUUGACAUUCCGGUCAGCAACUGCCUUAACAGCAACAUAUCAAAGAUCUAUGUUCUUACACAAUUCAAUUCUGCAUCUCUAAAUCGUCACCUUUCACGCGCAUAUGCAAAUAACAUGGAUGGCUACAAGAAUGAAGGUUUUGUUGAAGUUCUUGCUGCUCAGCAAAGCCCAGAGAACCCCAAUUGGUUCCAGGGUACAGCUGAUGCUGUGAGACAGUAUUUGUGGCUGUUUGAGGAACACAAUGUUCUAGAGUUCUUGAUUCUUGCUGGGGACCAUCUGUAUCGUAUGGAUUAUGAGAGAUUUAUUCAAGCCCAUAGAGAGACUGAUGCUGAUAUCACUGUAGCUGCACUGCCAAUGGAUGAAAAACGUGCCACUGCAUUUGGUCUGAUGAAAAUUGAUGAAGAAGGACGUAUUAUUGAAUUUGCAGAGAAACCAAAAGGAGAGCAAUUGAAAGCUAUGAAGGUUGACACUACCAUUUUAGGUCUUGAUGAUGAGAGAGCCAAAGAGAUGCCUUUCAUCGCGAGUAUGGGUAUAUAUGUUGUGAGUAAAGAUGUCAUGAUAAAUCUGCUUGCGGAAAAAUUUCCUGGAGCCAAUGAUUUUGGAAGUGAAAUUAUUCCUGGUGCAACUUCCAUUGGAAUGAGAGUGCAAGCUUACUUGUAUGAUGGCUACUGGGAAGACAUUGGUACCAUUGAAGCUUUUUAUAAUGCCAAUUUGGGGAUCACCAAAAAGCCAGUGCCAGAUUUCAGCUUCUAUGAUCGUUCAGCACCAAUCUACACCCAACCUCGAUAUUUGCCUCCUUCCAAGAUGCUUGAUGCUGAUGUCACAGAUAGUGUUAUCGGUGAAGGUUGUGUAAUUAAG